UUGAAACAAAAGUAGAAAGAAAUGGGCAGUGCUUCUCCUCCAAACCCAGUCCCAGUCGCAUACCAAGGCGGCACAUCAGCGGCGGUUCCUGACUGGUUAAACAAAGGAGACAAUUCAUGGCAAAUGAUCUCAGCGACACUGGUUGGCCUCCAAAGCGUGCCAGGCCUUGUCAUCCUCUACGGAAGCAUCGUCAAAAAGAAAUGGGCUGUGAAUUCAGCUUUCAUGGCUUUGUACGCCUUUGCUGCUGUGGUCAUCUGCUGGGUCGUUUGGGCCUAUAAGAUGUCGUUUGGAGAGAAGCUUUUGCCCUUUUGGGGAAAAGCUGGACCUGCCUUAGGCCAGAAGUUUCUUAUCAAACAGGCUGCUCUUCCAGAGACAACCCAGUAUUAUGAAAGCGGAGAGGUAGAGACGGCCAUGGUUACACCAUUCUAUCCGAUGGCGUCCAUGGUUUGGUUUCAGUGUGUUUUUGCUGCCAUAACAUUAAUAUUACUGGCGGGUUCGGUGCUUGGGAGGAUGAAUAUAAAGGCUUGGAUGGUUUUUGUGCCGCUCUGGCUGACCUUCUCUUACACAGUGGGGGCUUUUAGCUUGUGGGGCGGAGGGUUCUUGUUCCAUUGGGGUGUUAUUGACUAUUCUGGUGGUUACGUUAUUCAUCUUUCUUCUGGGAUUGCUGGCUUCACUACUGCUUUUUGGGUGGGGCCAAGAUCAAAAAAGGACAGGGAGAGAUUUCCACCGAAUAAUGUAGUGCUGAUGCUGGCAGGGGCAGGAUUGCUGUGGAUGGGAUGGGCUGGAUUCAACGGUGGAGAUCCAUACACUGCCAACAUAGACUCUUCUAUGGCCGUCCUCAAUACCAACAUUUGCGCAGCUACAAGCCUUCUUGUUUGGACUUGGCUUGAUGUCUUUUUCUUCAACAAACCUUCUGUCAUCGGCGCCGUUCAGGGGAUGAUCACCGGCCUUGUUUGUAUCACUCCCGGUGCAGGUGUUGUCCAAGGAUGGGCAGCUAUAUUGAUGGGAAUAGCAUCAGGAAGUAUUCCCUGGUUCACGAUGAUGAUUGUACACAAGAGAUGGACGCUCCUCCAGAAAGUGGAUGACACCCUUGGAGUCUUCCAUACUCAUGCUGUUGCCGGCCUUUUAGGUGGCGCUUUAACCGGGCUUUUGGCCGAACCCCAGUUAUGUGCUCUCUUUUUACCGGUCACCAACUCUAAAGGAGCUUUCUACGGCGGAUCUGGUGGGCUUCAAUUCCUCAAACAACUUGUUGGAGCCGCAUUCAUCAUCGGAUGGAACCUAGUUGUCACCUCAAUCAUCUGUGUGCUCAUAAAUUUGGUGAUCCCAUUGCGUAUGUCGGAGGAGCAACUAUUGAUCGGCGACGAUGCUGUGCAUGGCGAAGAGGCCUAUGCACUGUGGGGCGAUGGUGAAAAAUACGACUCAACCAAGCAUGGUACCUACUCUGAUGAUACCUUGCAUCCGAACACAUCAACCGGUGCUACUCAAGUGCUUUAGAAUUAGAAAUCUUUCGUUGUUCUAUGUGAAUAAUUUAUCUUUCAAAUUAGUCUGUUUCAACUUUCUAUUUGUUUAGUUAUAGAUCUUUUCAUGGAA